AUGCCUCGCCCGAAGAAGCCAGGUGCUCCGGAGCCCAAGAGGAGAAGUAGGAAAGGCUGUUGUGGUGAGGAAAAACCAUCUUGUAUCAAUUGCAAAAGGCAAGGUGACAAGUGCGAUUAUAGCAUCCGGUUAAACUGGGAAGGACGUGCAAGGAAACGAGCCGCUGCAGAAGAUACUGGACUCAAUAGAGAGUCGAUACCAUCACCAUCAUCACCGGCCACACCCAACUCAGCAAGGGAUCGGGCAAGCGGCUCCCCAGCAUCCUCUGUAAAGCACAUAUUCAUGCCUAUACAACAAUAUCUAGGACCGCAUUUGGAUACUAAACAGCAGUCAGAUCAUGGCGAGGCCCUUUCAGAACCAUUUGGUAGCCCUAUAAUCUCAGUUAAUGAUAGUCAGUCACUAUCUGGGCUAAGUGCUUGCCUACCUAGAACAUCAGCGGACCUAGCGUGGUUGCCGUACACACCAAAUUCUAGUUCGUAUGCUUCACCAGGGCAGUCUACCUCUCCAUCACAUUAUCAGAAAAUCACUGCAGGGGAGAGUAGUGAGGUUACCUCACCCAGUUCCUCUACCCUUGCCCAGCAUAUUGACCCUCAACGUCUAUCAACGACGGCUCAUACCAACUAUAUACCCACAUCUAAUACCGGCAUGUUUCGUGCUUCUGAACUGGCCAUAACAGAGUCUCCAGCAUCUUGCAUGGCGGAGGAGACAUUACUGCAGUUUCCAUUAGCUUCAAACACAAGUGGUGUAAACACGCCUGCAGACAUGCAUCGUGUUUCGGUCAACUCUUUGCUAUCAGUACCUUCCGGACCGGACUCAAGCGAUGGAAGGAGUUAUGGAUUAGACUGUGGUCAACCAGAUCUAGACGUGUAUAGAGAUGCUGAACUUUUAGCUAGUUUGCGUGAUACACCCACGAGUGGUAUAAACAGCCUCAAAGCCAUUCAAUAUCAAAAAGCUUCUAGCGGUACGGCCACACCAUCCUCUUCGCAAGAAGAUAUAUCCGCCGGACUUCAUCGAAGCGUGACUACUGUUUUUUCUAAAGGAGGCUAUUAUGCCAAACCUGUCCCUAUACUUAUACCACGCUUAUUAUCCCCAUUACCUCCCACAUUACUUGAAAGCCCAAUAAAUAUGCUGUACUUCCACCAUUUCAUAAAUCAUACAGCGCGGAUUCUGGUGCCUCAUGACUGCCAUUUAAAUCCGUUCGCCACGGUCCUACCUGCAAUGGCAAUUGCAGACGAGAAUAUUCUAAACCUCUUGCUGGCGUACUCAGCGAGCCAUAGGUCCCGACUUUUGGGCCAUGCCGAACCAUAUACACGAAUAGCCCGAUGGACUAGCGGCGUCUUCCCAUCACUCCGCCAUGCACUCGGUGAUCCGCGAAGAAGGACCUCUGCUGCCACAUUAGCUACAGCGAUCAUGCUUGUCUCCCUGAAAGUUAUAUCGCCUAGCACAUUCGAAGUCCCCAUCCGGUGGGAGAGCCACUUGAUGACGGCUCGGGAGAUAUUUUUAACACGUCAAAAGACCGACCCGGGCCAUUUUACUGGGAAGGUGAAUACGUUUCUGCAUCGCUGGCUUGUAUAUCUUGAUCUCUUCGGUAGCCUUUCAUCCAGACGCGCUGAAGCACCAUUAUUUAACGGCACAUAUUGGCCCCUUGAUACCGCAACGGAAUAUCCAAAGAACUCCAUUGACCAGGAGUUUGAGGUAGACUGCUUUACUGGCUUUACUCCCCGAUGUUGUUCAUUACUAGCGCGGCUAAGUGCACUCACGCAUCAAUGCGACAACGUACGAGUAGAUCCAGCCGGACGACUCUUUACGAGCUGGAACCCACCCGCGUCUGUGCUAGCGAAAGCCGAACGGCUACUUCAAGACAUGGAAGAUGCAGGUCCUGAACGUAGGUCGAUGCCCAUGACACACCAUGGGAAGCUGGUAGAUCAUGGCAUGGCUGCAAUGGAUGAGGCGUAUCGACUUGCCGGGAUGAUCCACCUCCAUCGAAGGGUAUUGGGGCGUGAAACCUCAGAUCCCAUCGUUAAAGGUUUAGUAGAUGCACUCUUUGACUCUCUAGAUCAAGUGUCUCGUGGUGGACAAGAAGAAGUGUGCAUAUUGUUCCCGCUGUUCACUGCUGGGUGUGAGAGCCAAAAUGAGGACCAGCGACGGCAAGUGAGCGAGCGCGUCCAGGGAUUUGAGAGUGUUGGCAUGAAGCAGAUACGAGGAGCAAGAAAGCUCAUGCAAAAGUCCUGGCGGGUAGGCCUGCCGUGGAAUGUCCUUGCCGACGGCGAGUUCCUAGCAUGA